AUGCCGCCCGCCAGGCACCGUGGACGGUUCUUCCGCUGUCGGCCCACCCAGGGCAAGGGCUGUGUGUCAGCAGUGGGAGGAGUCAGUCGCUGGCUGGCAGCAGCUGCAGUCGAGCUGCGAGAAGCCCGGGCCAGCAAGCGUCGCUGGCGGAGCGGCUGGCUGCAUGCCAAGCACCCGUCUGGCGUGACGAGCAUCCUGGCCAUCCGCCGCCUCCCGGGCCAACAAGAGCAAGAGCAGCAUCGAAUAGCCGGUCGACGAGGACGAGACGUCGUUCAGCGUGCUCAGCAGACGAUCACCAGAUUGGUCCAGCGAUCUGCUGCCAUCGCAGCCUGCUGUUCCUCCCUCAUCGGCGUCCGUGUGAGGCCGAAUCCGACGGCAUCGUCUAUACCACUUGUGCAAGUAUUGCAGAAAGAGCUACCCCUCUUCACAACCGCAUUGUACCUCCCGCGCAUCACGGUAGGGCUGCCUGGCAGCGCAGAGUUGCACAUCCCACAUUCGGCCGUAGUGGCCGCCCGAGAGCCGCAACAGCUGCAAGCCGACGAAGCGAGGUGCAAAGUCCGGGCGCGAAAAAAAACCACUGCGCCGAUCAUCUAUCCGUACGUGCCGAGUAUGCUCGUCGCUCACUCCAUGGGGUGGUCGCUUGGUUUGGCGGAACGUGCUCACCACGACAUUCCUGUUCCUUCAAAAGACGACGACACUCCUCCUCAUGACAUCGUUCUCAGCCCGGUUCCUUCGCACCACAAAUCCUUUGCCGAAUUUGCCUCGCAAAAAGCAGAUGAACGAUUAGCCGGAGUCGGAUCGCGGAUACACGCUCGACCAACCCUCUUGCUGGUUGUUCAUGUUAGCAACUUUGCACUGCACGUGCUUGCGGCAACAAUUCUGAAACCUUUGAGAUCUGGAUUGGGGAAUAGCAACGUAGGACAAGACGAACGAGCACAAAUGCAUCCGUAUUCGUCUCCUCGUGUCGAAGACAAGGCAUUGAUCGAGGACAAGAUCAUGAUCGCGGCAUGCGGGGACUCAUCCAGCCAUUCUUCCCACAACAAGCAAUUGCGUAGGAUGCCCCAUCACAGCACAGCCAUCCUCAUCAUCAUGAGCACGAUUCACUCGCAAUCCACUCGCAAUGCCCAGAAACCUCCAAUCCAGAACGAUCGCCAGAGUCAGAACCCCCUUGCACAUCCUCGACCAGGCUCCAGCAUUACUGUAACACUCAUCGCAAAACCCCCUCCCCAUAUGUGCUUAGAUAGCGAUAGCGAUAGCGAUUCGAUAACCCAACUACCACAAAAGGCAGUAGUAACGCAGGAAUGUAGGAUCGAGAUCCUGAGCCGCUAUACCCACGCCCGUAUAUCCGCACGGCGUGACUGA